AUUGAUUAUCAUUGUUAAAAAAAUGUCAGCUCAUAGCGGAGGUUCUUCGGAUUGGAGUUCCAUAAUAAAACCACUUUUAAGUAAUCGGAAUGAAGUAUUAAAUAAGAAUGAAAUCGUAAACUAUGUUAAAGCCAUCACGCGUUUCGAAAAUGAAUUUUUUGAUGAAGACAACAAUUAUUUACAAUUUUAUACAGCCUUUGCAGCCUUGGCGGCCGAUAAAUUGAGCCAAUGCAAAUAUGUUUCACAAACACAAGUACCACAAAUCCACGAAGCAUGCGCUAUACUCAUACGUUUCAUAUUGCAUCGUUUGGAUAAAGUAAGUGUUUACGAAAUAAAAUGGCUUUUGCCGGCGUUGAAAAGUUUAUGCGAAGGAAAGCCACCAUCGAAUUCGAAAGCCACAUCUACUGGAGGCUCAACGGCUAGCGGAAAUAACAGCACCAGUUUAUCAAGCAUUAGCGGCUCUGUAGGCACAACGUUACAAUUUGAUCACAAUGUGGUUGCUUUGGUACUGAAAAGCAGCAAAUAUCCCGAAAAUACAAAAAGCAUCGUUUCCAGCAGCAGCAGUGCUGGAGGCGGUAGCAGUUCGGGUGAUAAGGAUUCACCGAAAUCAGAAAUAAAACGUUCACGCUCGGAUUUGUCAUCAAUUAUUAUACAACAAUUAACCGCUCCAUUAGAGGCAGGCAAAAUUACUUGGGCUCCUCUAAGUGAAGAAUUGACAGAUUGUUCGGAAAUUUUUUAUUCUUCCAAUAUAUCAUAUCUGCAGUCAUUAAAUGGCGCUGACGUUAUAUUGGAUGUUUGUUCGUUGCCCAUACUGACACGCUAUCGGCUUAAAUACCAAGAAACCAUUUCAAAUUUGCCACAUAAGCCUUUAUAUCUGCCUUUAACGCAAGUAGAGGCUACACAAAUCAAAAACACGUUAACUCAUAUGGUUCACGAUAUAUCGAUCUUAGAUCAGGCAUUAACAUUACCUAUUUUUCAACCUUUAACACCCAGCCGCAUAACGAAAUUAUCUAGAUGUGCAAUAUCAGCUUUAUAUUGCGCUGUCUUGACGUCCAUAGCCAGUAGUGUAUUAAGUAUGACCAGCUCGGCUGGUGGUCAGAAAAGCCAAGGAUCCUCAGCUGGCGGUUCUAGCACAACGGGCGGAGGAGCAGGUGUGAAUUCCGCCCAAUCUUGUGCAAAGGAUGCGGAUGAUAAUGAAGAACAUGCUCGAUUUAUAGUAGACAAGGCGUUGGAAAUUUAUACCACAAUCGGAAAUAUGUUUAAGAACGGAGCGCGUUCACACAUCUAUCAAAAUCAUUUAUGUUUCGGCGCUUGGCUGCUAGUCAGCGGCAUACAAGGUGCUCUAGGUGCUUCGGGAAGCAGCACAGGUGGCACGGGCAAUGUUAAAGAAGAUUCUGUUAAGAGCAAGAGCAAAAGCACCGACACUCAAUGUGGAACAGGUACUGGCUCAGCUUCACAACCUACACCUUCUACUCCUACAGCUAGAGUGAACCUCUUCAAAGUUCAGCAAGGUUUCGGUGUUUUAAAUGCUGCAAUUGCUAAUCACUGCAUCAAGCUACUAACCGAACUAAUUGAAGAUUUGAAAAUAGAAAGUACUUCCUCGGAUGUUGGUUCUACAGCUGGCAACCAACAAUCUUCUUUACCAGAACCAGCCAAUUUCGAGAUUUUGGAGAACUAUACCACCUUGCAACGAGUCAUGCGCAUUUUAAAUACCGCUACUUUGCAUCAGUUGUUUACUUUCUUAGCCACAGUAACCUAUCGCAAAGCUUGCAACUUAAAAAGAGCUAACGCCAAGGAUCGCACCGAGUGUGAACCUAUUAGCUACUCAGAUUCUACUACAUACUUCAAUGACACUUUAUCAUGUUCAGAUAAUUCGGAGGAAGAUGACAGUGAAAGUUAUUUGGGCCACUGGUUCAAAGAAACCCUUCUACCCGAAUCGAAUGAAGAAAACGUUACAAACGAGACUCAAGAACGAAGCUCUGAGGAGCAAAAAUCAAAUUUAGUUCCUGCACUGGACGAGCCGCACGAAUAUUUAGAUUUAGCCGCGCAAAUAUUCAGUUUCCUGGAUCAGUUUUUUUCCCAGAAGCAUGCGUAUCUACAGCGCUACGUGAAGGCGGGGCUAAGCGAUCAGCAAAUGUUGCUAUUGGCUAACAUCCUGAAAGAUCUUGAUCGCGACUCAGCGCGUGGUGAAACCGAAGCUACAGUUUGCUCUAAAUGGCAGACGGCAAUGAUCCGAUUUUCGGGCUCUGUUGGCCGUUAUCUUCAUAAUUUGGUUUCGGCCUCUUUGGUUAAUGAAACAUUGCAAUCGAACUUGUUGCAGCAUUUGGGCGUUUCUCCUUGGUCUACAGAAACUAGUACAUGGCCCUUACAGAUAUAUCCGAGUACUCUUUCGGUAUUGGUGCAAAUAAUUUUGCUAAAACCAACUCAAGAAAAGGAGGCGGCUUGUCUAUCUGUUUGGCAUCGUCUAAUUAACACGUUAGUUGAAGGAGUAUGCGGUACUUCUAUUGCCAAUAUGCCAUCGGAUGUCGAUUACGAAGAUCUGAAUAUGGAACAUGCUCAACUGUUGUUGUUCCUUUUCCAUUCACUUAAUCUUAUGCAAAAAAAAUCUAUAUUACUGCUAACAGCAGGCGGUGUUAUACGCUGCGCUGAAAUUUGCCGUGAGGUGCCAUCCGGAAAGCCUAUUCGAAACAGCCAAAUAAUGUUGCUAUCUCGUUUAUUACUCUUUCUGGAAUACCUCAUGAAGCAUUUAUAUAAUGCUCCCCCCGAACUUCUUGAUCAAGUGCGUUGGAAUCUAUUCAGCAUAAGUACGAUGCAUGAAAGUCAAAAAAUUUCUGAUUUAUUCAAUAGUAAGACAAAAUUAACCUCAUUUUGUCGCAAAGAUAUUGAAGAAAAAUUUCGGAAGAGUGGUACAGAUUGUUUAACAAACAUGCGUCCUACAUUUUACUCGCUGACUGCAGUUAGCGAUUCCUCUACAUCGGCAUCGGUUACAGUUUCACAACAAGAAUUCAAGCUAGACGGGUUGGCGUGGAAUUUUAUUCUUUGCACACCGGAUAAAUUAAAAUAUCCUUUGCUAGUUGACGCUCUAAUUGAUAUUUUGUCUAUUACCGAUAUGACAUUAUCAUGGCAAUCUAAAUCUAAUACUCAUACCCUCUGCGCUAUCCGCUAUUGUUUUGGCAUAUGUUGGAAAUUGUUGUUGGGUCUGCCGCCUUCCACAACACAUGUCGAGCAGUUAACGGCCGAUAAAACGCCGAAUCUGCAUUCGUUGAUGUGGUCAAUACGUUGCCCGACUUCACACUAUUUAAUUGUCAAUAGUUUGAUAAAACAGGGCAUGUACACCCAAUUUGCUGAGACUUUAUGGAAUAAUGUCAGCGAUCGUGUAAGCGACAUAAAGUUCAGUUUGAAGCAAACUUUGCUAGGAGUUGAGGCAUUCAAUAAAAUAGAAGAUCCAGCUAAUCUUCGUUUAUCGCACGUCAUAUUAUUGGAUGCCAUAUUGGCUCAUAUGAAAGCAGUAGCUUGGGCGGAAAAAGAGGGUAUAAAACCUCAAAGAGCCUCCAGUUUUCCAACAACAACUAGUCCCGGCUCAAAUAGCUCACCGAUACCCUCUGGUGCCGGCGCCACUACCGAAGAUAACUAUACAGCUUCUUUUGAUGGAAGCGAUCAAAAAGGGGAGGGUAGUAGCAACGCGUCCACUGUGUUGCAAGAACGCGUCCAAUACAGUAAGCAACUGUUAGUUACAUUGAUCCAAACUUUUAAAAUUUUAUCAGAAACUCUGCGUACAAAAAUGAUGCAACACCUUAGUGAUUUAACGCCGCACAAUAUAUUGAAUCAUAUAAUACCGAUCGUAAAUUCAAAAAAUGCUCAUACUGAAGAAUUGAGCGCUACCUACUUGAAAUUACUACCCAAUGAAGAUCAGGAAAUUAUCACAGGUGAUUGGUUGAAAUGUUUACCAGUCUCGGAAGCUGUUUUCCUUAAUAAUAACACCAAUCAAAGCCAACAGUAUCCUGUCGAAGAGUACACCUCUACUGUGAUAGAAGCUCAUAUAUCAGAACUCACGCAUUAUAAUUACUACAGUACACUAAAUUCGCUUAAGCACUGUUUAAAGAGCCUUUUUAGUUUGAUAAAUCUUUUACUGGGGCAUUGCGUGCAAUCGCAGGAUGCUAAUACGGCGUCAUUUGUUGAAGAACAAUUAAAGCCUAUCUUGAUAGAGGCCAUGCUGGACGUUCGAAUGGAGUACGCUUACGACAUUGCAGAGAAAUGCUUACAGACGUUGAUGGAAGAUACAGAUCAGUCAAGUGAUAACCAACAACUCAUGACUUUCAAGUAUAUAUUAAAACAUUAUUACAAAUUAUUGCUAGAAUUCUCUGAAGAAUUACGUAACAUCGCCAAUAGCUCACAUCAGCCCAUGAUAUUUAAUGAGGCAUUGGUAAUGGUCGUCUUAAAAUCCAUGUCUCAAAUGCUAGACAAAUCCAUGGGCGUGAAAGCUAUGUAUGAGUUUUUCGGUACAAAAUCGAGCGGCGAUGAGAGAGGUAGUUUGGUGGAGUUGUUGCUAUCUUUUACGGGCACAUCGCUAUCGAUGUCGUAUGCCCGUCGCUUGUUACAAUUUUUUGAAAAAUUGUUUCAGCUAUCUGAACAAGCAGAUUGUCAUUUUCCGCGUGAGCAAUUGGUCGAGUGUUUUAGUGAAUUGGCGAAUGCUGAGCCUACACGUAUCAAGUUAUGGCUUAGCCACGUUAUAUAUGGACCGCAGGGUGCUCAAACUAAUACAGAUACGACGGAAAAAGCCCUUACAACUGGCAUACAGGCUUCAAGCACACCUUCUAGCAACGCACAGACACCCACAAAUAUGGCCACUGUUUCCGCAAUGCCCAGCAUUUCGGAUCAAUUGGCUCAAUCAUCCGCUCUAGAUGGUGCUGAAGAAAUGGACAUUGAUGACGAUGCAAAUGGUGCGGCUAUUGUCGGCGCGGGCAAUAGUCUUCAGGUAGCUCAAUCGCUUAGUCUGUGGCAGCAGCAACAGGCUGGAAGCAGUUUAAUGGUUACUAAUCAAUCAGACGCUUCUACACAAGAAGAUCAACCAGCAGUGCAAAUUGAACGUAAUGGAGCAUUAUUACUUAGUGUGAUUAAAUAUAUUGUACGCGAUGGAAAAGGGCCCAAUAACGUAGCUAUGCUUCUAUUUCAAUCUCUCUUGCAAUUAGGACAAUCCCUUAUUGCUCCACCUCAAGAGGCUGCCGAUUUUGCAGAUAUCUUACAGAUCAUGAUUACUCUGGCAGAUACGAGCACCGUGCGCGGACACGCUACACUUUUCAAUGUGACCAUUAUGUGGUUGGAAAUAACUAAAUUUCAGGUUUUAGAGAAGGCUCAAAAUUUGGCCUCUUUAAUAAUGCCUUCAACCACAUUGGAUAAUAUCAAUGCUUUGCUGCGUUAUCUGGGAGAACUAUUGCAGAGUUUAGGUUAUCGCGGCAGCAAACAUCAGCAACCACCGUGGGAUGACGAUAUCCAAACCGAAUUGGAGGAAUUGAUGGAUGAAUUAGGAGCUGAAGGAGACGAAGACUCUUUUGUGGAGGAUUCCGAUGAGGAUAGUCUCAACAACAAGUUGUGUACUUUCUCUCAAACGCAGAAAGAGUUCAUGAAUCAACAUUGGUAUCAUUGUCACACUUGCAAUAUGGUAAAUACAGUGGGCGUGUGCUCAGUAUGUGCCCGAGUUUGUCACAAGGGACAUGAUGUCAGUUAUGCUAAAUACGGUAACUUCUUUUGCGAUUGUGGAGCUAAGGAAGACGGAUCUUGCCAAGCAUUGAGUCGUAGGCUCAGCGCAGGCGUAGAAAACCGAUCAAGUCAAAGCGAAUAUCAUCAAUCCAGUUAUGCAACGAGCUCUGCUGCCAAAAGGGCUCAAACUCCACCUUCACAAGUUUCUCACAUUUCUGCUGCAACAGUCAGUAGCGCGGCCAAUGCCACCACGACGACAACAUCUGGCAUGAAUUUUCCUUUAUGUUCCGCACAAACAAGUGAACGCAUUAGUUUACUUAGUAAAUUAUUGGAAUCGUCGCGCGAAGCCCUGCAAAACACUGAACAGUGGAGUAUCAUAGUACGCUGUAUUUUGGACUUCUUUGAUGUUUUAAUACCAGCCAUACGUGAAAAUUGCGAAAUGUUUUCGAUUGUGGGUUGUCAUAAGCGGGCUAAAGUAGCCUUGGGUCGUCUACAUAUGGGCGAUCAGAGCUUCCAGCUCAGUGAUCAGUUGAUGGUGCCUACAUUAGGCUCGCAAGAGGGAGCCUUCGAAAAUGUGCGUAUGAGUUAUUCUGGAGAUCAAGGUCAAACUAUUAAGCAAUUAUUGUCAUCUGGAUUGGUAAGACGUGUCGCUCUCUGCUGCUUAUCAUCACCGCAUGGCAAGCGGCAACAUUUAGCUGUGUCGCAUGAAAAAGGCAAAGUAACAAUACUGCAAUUGUCGGCUUUGCUGAAACAAGCAGAUGCUGCCAAACGCAAGUUAACUUUAACUCAACUUUCUUCAGCUCCCAUUCCUUGCACUGUAUUAUCGCUGACCGCUAAUCCCUCCAAUGAGGAUUGUCUAGCCGUAUGCGGCCUCAAAGAAUGCCAUAUACUUACUUUCGCUAAUAGUGGUACGACUAACGAUCAUAUCGUACUCACGCCCCAACUUGAAAAUGGAAAUUUUAUUAAAAAAGCUAUUUGGUUGCCUGGUUCGCAAACCAUGUUGGCUUUGGUUACUGCAGACUACGUCAAGAUUUAUGAAUUAGCUGAAGAUUCUUACAGCCCCGAGUACUACUUUUUGGUAGCCGUCGGAAAAAUUCGGGAUUGUGCGUUUGUAUAUCAAGAUGGAGUUUAUUAUAUGUUGAUUAUAGCUUCGUCGGGUUAUAUUUAUUACCAAAAACUGGAUGAUCAAAGUCUAGCCAUACAUGGCGACUUUUAUGUCACGAAUACUUUGGAAUUGAACCAUACACAAAUAAAAGAUGUCAACGGUCAAGUAGCAGGAGGGGGAGUAUCUAUUUACUAUUCGCACACUUUACAAUUAUUGUUUUUUAGUUAUUCGGUUGGACGUAGCUUUGUUGCCCCACUUCUCGAUGUCAACAAAGGUGUUAAAUGUAUAACCCAUUUGCAAACCGCGCCUGCUUCUAAAAAUUCGUCGAAGGGACCUCCGCAACCGUUGUGUCAAUGGACUGAAAUUCCUGGCCAUCCUGGUUUAGUGUGCGCCAUGAUGCACACGUCUAACAAUCCAGUGAUAUUUAUGUUCACACCUGACCGAAUAAUAAUGCAAGAGAUUAAAGCCCAGUCAUCAAAAUCACGUAUAAUGGACAUGGUGGCUAUCCGCCACACGGUGGCUGGUGUUGAAAAAACUACACUCAUAUUACUUUGUGAAGACGGCAGCCUUCGCAUAUUCACUGCACAACCAGACACUACUAGUUUUUGGCUUUCUCAUCAAGUGCAACCGUUGGGAAAUCAAUUUUACACAUCUAGUCUCUAUUCCAAGAUCCCUUCUUCCUCUACUAAUCAGAAGAAGACUAAACGCAAAUCGAGCCAUCAGCAAAAGUCAACGGGAUCGAAUGGCCAGCCAAUUUUCCCCAUCGAUUUCUUUGAGCACUGCACUAUGCUGCCAGAUGUGGAAUUCGGAGGCAAUGACUUACUUCAGAUUUAUAACAAACAAAAGCUAAAAAAUCGCCUAUUUUCAACCGGAAUGUUUGUAGCAUCUACCAAACCGACAGGUUUCACCUUAGAAGUGUAUAAUAACGAUCCAAAUAUGGUUAUUGUAGGAAUACGAGUACUUUUGGGAACACAAGAUCCACAGCGUACUCCACAAAAUGUUACUAUACUUGGACGUACAAUACCUACUCCUGUUCGCAGAGCACGUUGGUUUGACAUACCAUUAACAAGAGAAGAAAUACUUCAAUCUGACAAAACUUUAAAAGUCAUAUUUGGCAAAUCUAGGGAUGCAGAGAAUGUCGGUAUGUUAGAUAGUAUUGAAGUGUAUGGGAAAUCCAAAGAUCUCUUAGGUUGGCCGGAUGAUGCUGAAGAAGCAAAUUUGGCAGGCGGAACAUCGGCAGUGGGUGUCACGAAUAAUGCCGGACUAUCGUCGAGCGCGUUGAUGACAGGUGGUGCAUACGAUGGUUACCACUACAUAACGAAUUUGGAUAAAAUGGUUAGCAAUCUUUUGGAUGUCUUAGAUUUCGCCUUGAAUUUAUUGGGUGGAGGUUCAUCUUUGACAUCAACUAUUAAACUGAAAGCUACAAAAACAGCUACAUCACUGCUCCUGAUGCCCACACCGAAUCAAGUGCAAGUACAAUCUCGUUACGUUCUAGCUACCCUGUUUGGCAACCGACAAUCGUACCAUUCCUAUAAGGACCUUGAAAUGUUAGUUUACGUACACAACGAAUUACAAUCGAUGAAACCCAAACUAAGCUGCCGCGAGACCUUAAAGGACAUUGACCCUGAAGCUUUUUAUCGUUUGGUUUUAAUGGUUCGCGGUAUUGCUACGGCUCGUCCCCAAUCAUUAACAAAAAUUUGUAUGGAGAAUAAAUUCGAAGUUAUUGCUGAUCUCAUGGAAUUCUUGGAAAAAUUGUAUCAAGUCACACCACAGUUAGAUGAGCCUACUUCUAUAGUUAAACAAGGCUUAUGUCAUACUGAGACUAUUGUUCACUGUCUGGUAGAGAUAAUGCAUGCCUUUGCUUUGGCCGACAUAACUCAAGUCGAACACAUCAUCAAAUAUUUCAUAGCACUACUCAAGAAUGAAUCGAGCUUAAUUAGUCAUAGUGCCAAGGAAGCCAUUAUUUUGCUACUAAGCCCUAGGUUAAAGAGACGCAAAGUGGCUAUUAUAACGCCACCGAUAUGUUCGACGCCUACACCACCGGCGUUGAAUAAUGCGCCAUCAGUAAUGGCUCCGAACGGAAGCGAAGAUGAUGCCUUAGAUGAAGCGGCGGGACCGGUACCGGUGGUAACCCCAGCGGUGGUCGGAGGUAAUUCUCCAAAUGCAGUUGCCCGUAGUGGUAGCGCCGAAUUUGUAGCCGCAGCUGCCGCAGAUCCUAACGUUAUGGUUGAUCCUUUAGAAGCUUUUAUUGGUGGCGGUUUUCCUCAAUUACUGGGUUUGCAACAAGAUGCCGAUGAUGAAGCAAUCAUGGAUUUUGCUAUUGCCUUAAGCUUACAGCAACAUGAAGGAGCGGAAGCUGGCUUACAACAGUUACAGCAAGGCCUAUCAAAUUUACAGGGCAUGCGUAAUGCAGCUGCCCAGAUACAGCAAGCUCAUCAACAGUUACAGGCAAUAGCUGGAGCUGGAGCUAGUGCUUCGGCUGCUGGUUCAGAUGAUGAAGGUUCCAACGUAGCUACUGAUGGUUCAACGUUAAGAACUUCGCCUGCUGAGCCGGCAGGAAGUGGCGGUUCUGAAAGUGGUGGCAGCGGAGUGGAGAGCAUUGGCGGCACUUCGGGACGCAGCAGUACAUAUGGAGACGCUGGCGCUACUGCCUCUCCCCCUCGAGCUAGCGGAAGCUUAGCUAGCGUUAGUAGCAGUACAAAGGGGGCCGUUGGCGGAUCUGCUUCAACCGCCAUGGACGUACAAGUGCCGACGUCAAGCCGUGUAAUCUUAGAGCCAAGUCAAAGCAACGAAACAGAAGAAAACGACGGCAAUGAGGAUGAAAAGUUGGCUAAGAUACAUGAUUUGAGGAUUGCGAUUUUGGAAAGUAUCAUUGCAAAUAUUUCCACUUUGGACGAUUGCAACGGAUUUCGAGCUAUACCUUUAAUACAAGUUAUACUUAUGUUGACGACGGACUUGAAUGGAAAUAAUGAACGUGAUCAGAAAAUACUGAACGAUUUACUAACCGCCCUUGUUAAUUAUAUAGGAAUGGAUUCUAAUGCGAAUGCUUCAAAGAUGAAAGACAAAAGUCCGAACAAUGAAGUACGUUUAGCCUUGCUAUCUGUUUUCGGUGUACUUAUGGGUAAGACUAAAUCGAAGCAAGCCGGAACCACUUCUCCACCACACCAGUUUAAAGAUAAUGCGUCCUUCGUAGCAAGCACGACAGCUACAAUACUUAGCAAUCAUUGCGCCUUCCCUUUCUGUUUGGUUGUUAUGGAGUCUUUAUUGCAACAUUGGAAGCGGGUGUCAAAUGAACAAAAUCAGGCAGCGGCCACCUCUUCGACUGGCGUCGUAAGUGCUAUUGCCUCUAGCAGCAAUAACGCCGGUACUCCAAUUGCUGGCGGGUCAGCUGUUACUCCAACACAAAAUAAUCUAUUGAAACCGGUGCGCUAUGGCCCCAAGCCCGAUAUAUCGACGUUGAUACCACAUAAUUAUCUUAAAAACUAUCCGGAUGUGUUUGAAUCGUAUGACGCCCUCCUGACCGAAGUAUCGGUGCGUUUACCUUAUCAAAUCUUGCGUUUGAGUGCUACACAUCCCGGUUCUUUCGAUUGGUAUCUUAAGUAUUGUGAGAAUAUGACCUACACAUUAUGUGAAUACAUGAUGCUUAACCUGAAUGCCUUAUUGAGACGUCAAGUGCGCAAACUUUUGAUGUAUAUUUGCGGCAAUAAAGAAAAAUUCCGCAUGUUCCGCGACGGUCAUUCCUUGGACGUGCACUUUAACUAUGUUAAAGAUCUUUGCAAUCUUUACAAUACGAAGAAUUUAGUCUUGACUAAUCAGUCUAUACCAAUGCUUAGCUACGACUCGCUGGUUGAGCUAACUGAACAUUUACGCACGUGUCAAGAAAUUAGCCAAGUACGUACGGGCAAUUGGCAAAAAUUCUGCCUAAUACAUGAAGAUGUUAUACCGGUGCUGAUUGAAAUUGCUUGCUAUCAAUUGGACGAUGGAGUUUCCCCAAUUAUUCUGCAACUUUUACAGGCGGCAAUGUGUAAUAAUGUUCAGGCUGUUAAGCAGCAACAGCAAACUGAACAGACCACUUCCUCCACCGGAGCUAAGCUACGAUCAGAACGUGACAAAUCCGAAGAAAUUGAAAUGAGUUUCGAUUCAAAAUUUGAUGCCACACAUUGUAGCACUUUUGUUCAUCAGAUUUUCCGUUUUGUUUCGGACACAUUGCUCAAUAAAUUUGUGAGAAUAUUUUUAUUGGAAACGAAUAUCACUUCGAUACGCUGGCAGGCUCAUUCCCUCGUGUAUGCUAUUUACGAACACUCCAACGAUCGUCAGAAAGAAAAACUAAUUAAUAUUUUGUGGAAUAUGUGGCCGUUAGUUCCAGCGUUCGGUCGACGCACUGCUCAAUUCGUCGACAUCUUGGGUUAUUUGACAUUAAGCACUAAAAGUAUUAUGAAUCGCUUACCAGAAUUUACAGAAAAAGCCGUGGAAGUAUUGAGACAACAAAACGAUUUACUCUCAAAGCAUCCGAAUGCAUCGAUUUACACUGCUUUGGAACAAAUUUUGCAAAUGAACGGCUACUAUUUGGAAUCAGAACCUUGCCUCGUUUGUAACAAUCCAGAAGUCCCAAUGGCCAACAUCAAGUUGCCAUCUAUCAAAUCUGAUUCAAAAUUUACUACUACAACUAUGAUUGUAAAAUUGGUCCAAUGUCAUACUAUAUCCAAGCUAAUUGUGCGCAUUGCCGAUUUGAAACGCACGAAAAUGGUUCGUACAAUAAACAUCUAUUACAAUAACCGUACCGUGCAGGCAGUGGUCGAAUUAAAGAAUCGUCAAGCCAUGUGGCAUAAGGCCAGAACCGUGACUUUGCAAUCUGGCCAAACCGAGGUGAAGAUUGAUUUUCCCUUACCUAUAACGGCCUGCAAUUUAAUGAUCGAAUAUGCUGACUUUUAUGAAACCGUUACGGGAUCUUCGGAGAAUUUACAAUGUCCUCGCUGUAGCGCUGCUGUGCCCUCUUAUCCAGGCGUAUGUGGUAACUGUGGCGAGAAUGUAUUUCAAUGUCAUAAAUGCCGAGCAAUUAAUUAUGACGAGAAAGACCCAUUCCUGUGUCAUUCUUGCGGUUUCUGCAAAUAUGCAAAAUUUGAUUUCAGCAUAUACGGCCGUGUAUGUUGUGCUGUCGACCCGAUCGAGUCGGCUGAAGAUCGCGCUAAAACUGUACAAAUUAUUCACUCCUCUCUCGAAAGAGCCGAUCGCAUUUAUCGUCAAUUGUUAGCUAAUAAACAAAUGCUCGAAUUGCUUUUGCAAAAGUUCGCCGAACAUGGCUCUUCUGAUCGCCUCAUGGAUGAGAGCUUGGGCACCAUACACAGCACUUCACAGGUUAACAAGAUUAUUCAAUUGUUGGCUCAAAAAUAUUGUGUGGAAUCGCGCACCUCUUUUGAGGAAUUGUCAAAGAUUGUUCAAAAGGUCAAAGCUUGUCGCAGUGAGUUAGUUGCCUAUGAUCGCAGUCAAAUGGAUCAAACCAAUAGCCAACCACAACCAGAUGGUCGUGAAUAUUAUGCUAUUAAUAGAUGCUAUGGUUGCGCUUUGGCAUCCACCGAGCAAUGCUUAACAUUAAUGAGAGCAAUGGCUUCUAACUACGAGUGCCGCUUAGUGCUUUAUAGUCAAGGUCUAGUAGAGGAGUUGGCUCAACAUAAUUUACGUAGAGGAACAGCUCAAAUCCAAGAUGAAGUCCGCCAUUUAUUGGUGUUAUUAACGAAGAGUAACCAGGAUGCUUGCAUGAAUCUUUUGGAUUUAAUAAGCGAGCGAGUGAAAACUGCUCUAUUAGGAUCUAUACCCCUCACGAAUUUGGAUUCGGCUAUACACCACGAAAUGGAACUUUUGCGAGUAUUGAUUAGUCAAGAUGAUUUUUGUUGGGAGCAAAAAUUGAAAGUGGUCUUCGAACUCUUUUUGCUUACCUGUCGUACGCCACGGGGUCCGGCGUAUUCUGUUAUACAGCCAUGUUUACAUAUAAUGUUAAAACUUAUUUCUCCAACUAUACCAUCUACAAAGCUAAAUCGUGAUCUUAGCCCCUCGGCACUUUCCUCUGUAGCCUGCGUAGAUGGCUUGAGCGUGGAUUUUAACAAGUGGUUGCGUGAAGAUCCACAACAUACUUACGAAGCUUGGAAAGCACGUAUGCCGACAUCAACACAUAAUAAAAUGAUGAAACCAUUUAUGGGGGUAGAUUGCUCGGAAGGUAGUUCUGGUAAUGUUUUGCAGGAUGAAAAUAUGGCAGCAGUUUUGCAAUCCAUGGUAUCUGAACAAACAAACUCAGUCCGCUUGGGCGGUACGCAACCCGUUGAUGAAAGAGAGAAGAGUCGCGAAGCCCCACCGCUUAACAGCGAAUCUAAAGCAAAACGUCGUAAAUUAAUACGCGAAGCAUAUCUAACUGAAAAAUAUGGCUUACUUUGGCGUACACGUCUUCUAAAUAAAGGCCAGCCAUACCAGCCUUUAGUAUUGAGUGCGAAUUGGCUUCAACCAAUACUAUUUAAUACAAAUUCUCGUUUUCGCCGGCCGUUAGUAUGUUCAUUAAUUACUGUUCUAUGUCGUACUCAUGAACGCAAACGAGAGAUUUUGAAUUUACUUACCGGCUUUCUAAAGUACGUAGGAGAAGCUGGCGAAGCUAGCACUGAUUUUCUGUCUUUAUAUCGUUUGUUAGCUGUGGAAACACCUUGGCGCCAGUAUUUGGCCUUGAAAGGCGUCUUGACAGAUAUUUCUCAAUUACUUACCGCCGAAAUAGAGAAAAUCCAUCGUAUGGAAGAAACUACACUCUCGUCUGAUCUUUCACAAGGUUACGCUCUCAGACAGUUUGUUGAACUAUUGGCUCUUUUCUUGGAAAGUCCAAACAUACGUCAAGUGUACAAGACACGUUUAUUAGGUCCCGUUUUAGAAGGCUAUCUUUCUUUAAGGAAACUUGUAGUGCAACGCACCCGUCUUAUUGACGACGCGCAAGAGAAACUUUUAGAAAUGUUAGAGGAAAUGACCAGUGGAACCGAAGAAGAGACCAGAGCAUUCAUGGAAAUUUUAACAGACACCGUAGAAAAAACCCCUGUUAAGGACAUUAAAACGCCAGUGUUCAUUUUUGAACGACUCUACUCUAUUAUACAUCCUGAGGAAAACGAUGAAAAUGAGUUCUUCAUGACGCUAGAAAAGGAUCCGCAACAGGAAGACUUUUUGCAAGGUCGAAUGUUAGGCAAUCCUUAUCCCUCCACCGAGGUUGGCCUAGGGCCUCUAAUGCGUGAUAUCAAGAACAAAAUUUGCACAGAUUGUGAAUUGAUAGCCUUACUGGAAGAUGAUAACGGAAUGGAAUUGUUAGUGAAUAACAAGAUUAUAAGCUUGGACUUGCCUGUGAAAGAAGUUUAUAAAAAAAUUUGGCUGGCCGAGGGUGGUGAACGAGAUGCGAUGCGUAUUGUUUACCGCAUGCGAGGCCUUCUAGGCGACGCCACCGAAGAGUUUGUGGAGACUUUAAGUAAUAAAUCCCAAGAAGAAGUUGAUACGGAGCAACUGUAUCGCAUGGCGAAUGUCUUGGCCGAUUGCAAUGGUCUUAAAGUUAUGCUGGAUCGAAUUGGUAGUCUACAAAGCAUAACACGCACACGUGAAUUGAUACAAGUGCUAUUGAAAUUAUUCUUAAUUUGCGUGAAGGUAAGACGGUGCCAGGAGGUCUUGUGUCAACCAGAACUGGGAGCUGUUAAUACGUUGCUGAAAGUUCUUCAGAUAUGUUUACAGUCAGAGCCGGAUUCUAUGCAAUCAUCCGUUACUGAGCAAUUACUUGAGAUUAUGGAAACUAUAUUAUCUAAAGCGGCGAGUGAUACGUUGGAUUCCUUUUUGCAAUUUUCUUUAACUUUCGGUGGUCCAGAAUAUGUUACAGCCCUUAUUUCUUGCACCGAAUGUCCAAAUGUUCGCAAUAAUCCGUCAGUUUUACGUCACCUUAUAAGGGUAUUGGCCGCAUUAGUUUAUGGUAACGAAGUUAAGAUGGCUUUGUUAUGUGAACAUUUCAAAGAUAUUUUGGAUUUCGAUAAAUUCGACCUCGAGCGCAGUUCCGAGGAAGAAUUCAAAUUAGAGUUAUUCUGCGUUUUGACCAAUCAAAUUGAACACAAUUGUAUCGGAGGCACUCUGAAGGAUUAUAUAGUAGGUCUGGGCAUAGUUGAGAAAGCCAUCAGUUAUAUAACACGGUAUGCUCCAUGCGUUAAGCCAACAUUAUUGCGAACCGAUUCCGAUGAACUAAAAGAGUUUAUAUCUCGUCCAAGUCUCAAGUAUAUAUUGCGAUUCCUUACAGGAUUAGCUACGAAACAUGAAGCUACACAAUUAGCGAUUAGUAAAGAUAUUAUACCCAUAAUACAUCGCUUGGAACAAGUAAGUAGCGACGAACACGUUGGCAGCUUGGCUGAAAACCUUUUAGAGGCUCUGUGCACUGAUACCGCUACUGCAACCAGAGUUCAGGAAGUUCGUGAUUUUACCAGGGCUGAGAAAAAGCGUUUAGCUAUGGCCACGAGAGAAAAACAGUUGGACGCAUUAGGCAUGCGAACAAACGAAAAAGGCCAGGUUACAGCCAAGGGAUCGAUUUUGCAAAAAAUUGAAAAGUUACGCGAUGAGACCGGUCUUACUUGUUUCAUAUGUCGUGAAGGUUAUGCCUGUCAGCCGGCUAAAGUCUUAGGUAUCUACACCUUCACUAAAAGAUGUAACGUUGAAGAGUUUGAGAUAAAGUCACGUAAAACUAUUGGUUAUACUACUGUAACACACUUUAAUGUCGUUCACGUUGAUUGUCACACAUCAGCCAUACGCUUAGCCAGAGGUCGAGAUGAGUGGGAGAGGGCCAGCCUACAGAAUGCCAAUACCCGUUGUAAUGGCUUGUUGCCGCUUUGGGGUCCCGACGUGUCAGAGGCAGCAUUUUCUGCUUGUAUGACACGUCAUGCUAGUUACAUGCAAGAAAGCACCCAACGAUGCGAUAUUUCCUACUCAAACAGUAUUCAUGAUCUGAAAUUAUUGCUUAUGCGUUUUGCAUGGGAACGAAGCUUCCACGACGACGCUGGAGGCGGUGGACCUCAAUCUAAUAUGCACUUUGUACCAUAUCUCCUCUUCUACGCUGUCUAUUUACUCCUUUCCUCUCGUUCGGCGGCACGGGACAGCAAAACAUUACUUACUUAUUUGACAUCGCCUCCGUCGGAGAAAUGGUUGGAAUCUGCUUACGAUGUUGAUGGCCCGUUAUAUUUGUUGACAAUGUCGCUUUCAUUACAUUCGCACGAAACUUGGAACAAGCACAAAGUUGCCCAUCUAAAGCGUCUAAUUGCUAUAGCUCAGGCUCGCCAUGUAUCGCCUUCUGUGGCCUGCAAAGCCUUAUUGACACCAGCUGAUCGUCAAGAGAAGGAAUAUAUUACAGUCUAUCGCCCCUACCUUAUGAUGUGGGCUCUAGUGGAUUCAAUUUAUAAUACGCUUUUUAAAAACGUCUCUACACCGAAAGAGGAAGAUUGGUCGAUUUCUCUCUUCAAUUAUAUAAGGAAAAAUGACGAAACAAUGUUAAAGCAGACCGACGACAUGUUGGAAACAUUUACCGAAGAUUUUUUACCCUGUACUUCAUUUGAAGAGUUUUGUGAUGUGGCUUGCCUUUUUGGUGAAAUUGAAAGUCCCCAAGCGUUUAUAGAAGAUGUUUUAUCCUCUUUACCUACGACUGCACCACCAGCUCCAUCCUCUAGUCAGUAAAACUACUAUGGAUAAUGUAUGCUGGAAAAUGGCCGUUAAUUAUCAACAUAAAAUACAUAUAUGUAAUAUCCUUUUAUUUAAUAAUUCGAAAAUUACUUUUUAGUCGAUAUACCGAAUAAUACAAAAAAAAAAAAACAAUAUUCGAACGUGCAUUGCAAUAUCGUUAUUAUAAACAUUACAUAAAUACUACGUUAAUUAACCCACAAAUUGAAGUGAAGUGAACACUGUCAAUAAAUUACUCGUUCUUCAAUAAUACAUAA